UGCAAGUUUUGAGAGUGCUGUCAUUAUAUCUUUUUUUUUUUUCUUUUUUAUUUUACACAAAGUGAAUUUUUAGUUGUGCCUUUAGAAGAAUAUGUCACAACAAAAGACGCCCAAGAUCGAAUGCUUGAUGUUAAGCAGGAUCCAUCUUUCGAGCCAUUUUUAGGAUGGACGGAACCCCUUGAUGUUAUAAGGGGAACGUUGUGCAUCCUGUUCGGGUACUGGAAUGAUAAAGAGUUCGAUCGUAUAUUGACUGAGACAAGAGACAAAUCUUGUAAACUUAGACUGGCUGCCAAAGAGCCUGCUUGGACUCGGAUUGAUAUGAUUACUGAUAUUCGUUACCCAGCAAAUCUUAAUGGCCUGAAACAAGCGUUGGCCGACAAAUACGGUGAAGAGUCUUACUUUUAUAAGACUGCUUUUAAGACGAUUGAGGGAAACAAAGCUUAUUUUGAGAAGAAGGUCACCCCAUCCAUUCACUUGUUAGGUCCUGAUGCAAAGGGCCAUGAGAUUGACUGCAUGCUAGUUAAGUGGUGUGUUGAUGACAUCUUUUAUUUGUUUGACAUUGGUAUUCGCGAGUGGACUCAUUGGAUUUACCUAAGUUUUCAAUGGCGUCCUUCGUUGAAACUCCGCCAGGCGAUUUCAGAUCAGGUGAUAAGAUCUUCAGGACCUAGUGCGCGUGCAAUACCGUCGAUAAAGGCGCUGGCCACAAGCAGGGUAUUUGCACUAGAUACGGAUCCUAGUUGUAACGAUUUGGAUUAUAUUCUUGGUCCAUUGGAUUAUGGAGUUUUUUCCAAUCAGCUCAGUCGUAUCCUCAUGUCUUUGUUAUUUCCAGGUCUCAAUUUGGAUGACCUUUUUGGAAGACAGUCUGCUGACAACGAGAACAAGACCGUGAACUGGGAAGAGCCUACACUUUAUAACUACUUGCUUAAUCAUAAGAAGGUUACUAAUAAGAGAAAAUAUGCCGAGCAUGAGGAUGAGGAUGAGUCGGAAUCCCUUGGUGUCCCCUUCUACUUCCAACCUUUGAACCCCCAUGCCUUUGAUGUAUUUUAUGAGUGUAGAGAAGGUGUGUUGCAAUUUAUCUCCAUUAAAAGUACAAUCUUUAUAUCAUGUUUAUGUUCCAAGAUACUAGAUAUGAGGGGCUUCUUGUUAAUAAAAUCUUUCUAUACACCCGACAUGGAUAUAUUGUCUACUAAAGUAUUCAAAAGUCUAGGAGAUGGUGUUGGAGAUCAGAAAACGUCUCAACGCAAAAGUAAAGAACUUUUCAGCAGAUCGAAUUUCUUAGAGGCGGUUGAUGAGUCUAUCCUGGAGAGUGAAUUUUUAGUUGUGCCUUUAGAAGAAUAUGUCACAACAAAAGACGCCAAAGAUCGAAUGUUUGAAGUUAAGCAGGAUCCAUCUUUUGAGCCAUUUCUAGGAUGGACGGAACCAUGGGAU